AGGUGAAAAAACAGUUGGCUCAGAUGUGUAUUGGCAAAAAUCGCUCUCUGUAGGGCGUUUCUUGGCUAUCAGUAAUGAAGUUGAAGCAUCUAAAAACUGUGCUGGUACCUCAGGACGGAGCGGCUCGAGUGACGGCGGUUGCCUGGGCCCCGAGCAACAAGAAGUUCGCAGUGGUGACGGUGGACCGCGUGGUGCAGCUAUUCGACGAUCACGGCGAGCGGAGGGAUAAAUUCUCCACAAAACCUGCAGAUCCGAACUUAGGGAAACAGAGCUACCAGGUGACCGGACUGGCAUUUUCUCCAGACUCUACCAGAGUAGCUGUGGGUCAGAGUGACAACAUAGCCUUUGUGUACACCAUCGGGGAGAAUUGGGGAGAGAAGAAAGUAAUCAGUGGGAAGAGUGUGCAGAAGAGUGCAGUGACCUGUCUGGUAUGGCCGUCCUCUCAGUCAAACUUCGUCGUUGGUCUGGCAGAUGGGAAGGUGAAAUCGGGAGCUGGAAAAGGAAGCAAGACCCACACUCUCUACUCAUCUGGCUCUUAUGUCGUGUCUCUUGCUGUCAGCCCCUCUGGAAAGGGUAUAAUCUCUGGACAUGCAGACGGUACAAUCAUCAGGUUCAUGUUUGAAGAAGAUGGUUCUGGAUUAGCAGGGGGAGCAGUGGUAAAACACUCUUGUCCACCGUAUGCGCUGUCCUGGUCCGCAGCUGACUGCAUCACUGCAGCUGGCUGUGAUCGCAGAGUCCAGUUCUACUCCCAGAGAGGAAAGAAGCUGCAGCAGUUUGACUAUUCCAAGGUCGAAGAGGAGAAGGAGUUUACCUGUGCCUCCACCAGCCCCAGUGGAGAGGCCCUCGUCCUCGGCUCCUUUGACAGGUUGCGUGUGUUCAGGUGGGUGUCUGAGAGUGGGUCGUGGGAGGAGUCAACUCUCAGAGACAUUCCUCAUUUCUACACUGUCACUGCUCUCUCCUGGAAGAGGGACGGCUCACGACUACUAGCUGGCUCGCUCUGUGGAGCUCUGGAGAUGUUUGACUGCUAUCUGAAGAGAGUUAUUUACAACAAGAGAUUUGAGAUGACCUACGUUGCUCUCAGUCAGGUGAUUGUUACCAAUAUGAGUACUGGGUCAAGGGUCAAUAUGAAGUCUCGCCAUGGAUACGAGGUGAAGCAGGUGCAGGUACUGGGAGGGGAGAGGUAUCUGGUUGGACACACCUCUCCUACCCUCCUCCUGGGUGACCUUGCCAGCUGCAAACUGAGUGAGGUCGCCUGGCAGUCAGGAGGGAAUGAAAAGUUUUACCUCGAAAACGAAAAUGUCUGUAUGAUAUUCAAUGCGGGGGAGCUGUCACUGGUGGAGUACGGUGUGAAUGAGGUGUUGGGCUCAGUGAGGACUGAACACAUGAGUCCCCAUCUGCUCAGUGUGAGGAUCAAUGAGAGGAAACACCGGCAGGACCAGGAGGCCGACUGCAAGAAACUGGCAUACCUCGUUGACCUCCGUACCAUCUGCAUUAUGGACCUCAGUUUGGGGACAGUAUUGGCUACUGUUCCUCAUGACAGCAUCAUCAACUGGCUUGAGCUGAACGAGACUGGUCGCAAGCUGUUGUUCCGUGACCGGCGCCUCCGCCUCCAUCUCUACGACGUGGGGACCCAGAGCCUCACCUCCCUCCUCUCCUACUGCUCCUACGUUCAGUGGAUCCCUCAGAGUGACGUUGUCGUCGCCCAGAACAAGACCAGUCUCUGCGUUUGGUACAACAUCAACAUCCCCGACAAGACUACCAUGUUCCCUCUGAAGGGUGAGGUGACGAGUCUUGAACGAAGGGGCGGCCGUACGGAGGUGAUGGUGAAGACUGGAGUUGACACGGUGACGUACACACUCGACGAAGGUCUGAUUGAGUUUGGGACGGCAGUUGACGACAGGGACUACCUCAGAGCCCUCAGUUUCCUCGAGGGACUGGAGAUGAGUGGAGAGAGCGAGGCCAUGUGGGGAACUCUGGGGCAGCUGAGUCUCCAGGAUAGGAAGCUCAAGAUAGCAGAGAGGUGUUAUGCUGCUCUGGGAGAUGUGGCAAAGGUGCGAUACCUGAGGGAGGUCGGCAAACUAGCUGACAAGAUGACCCUAGAAACAGGACAGGAUGGAACCACUCACUACCUGGUGGAGGCCAAAAUGGCGGCACUCAACAAACAGCUGAAACAAGCCGAGGCCAUCCUCCUAGAGAGAGGUGAACUGGAUAUGGUGAUGACAAUGUACCAAGAGCUGCAUCGAUGGGAGGACGCAAUUGAAGUCGCUGCAGCAAGGAGUCAUCCAGACCUGGCCACUCUGAAAGCCACCCACUACCAGCACCUCCUGGACAGCGGGCAGGAGGAGAGGGCCGGGAAGAUGAAGGAGAGAGAGGGAGACCUUCCAGGAGCCAUCUCUCUCUACAUGAAGGCUGGACUCCCGGGAAAAGCUGCAAAACUCAUCUCCCAACACCAGGAGCUGUCUAGCCAGCCGGAUCUCCUGAGGCACAUAGCGUCGUCUCUGAGUGAGGGAGGUCAGUUUGAGAAGGCCGGGGAGCUGUUUGAGAAGGCACAGGAGCUGCAACAGGCAAUGGAGGCAUACCGCAGAGCCGGGGCCUUCCGCAGAGCGGUGGAGUUGGCCAGAUCUGCCUACCCCACCCAGGUGGUGAAGUUGGAGGAGGAGUGGGGAGUGUACCUGUGUGGGAGGAGAGAGUACGAGGCUGCCAUUGUCCACCUCAUUGAGGCCGGGCGACUGGAGAAGGCAGCAGAAGCGGCGAUAAUAUCCCGCCAGUGGUCCAAGGCGGUGCAGAUAGUGGACAUGCUCCAGCCGGACCAGGCAGGCGAACACUACCAGCUACUGGCCUCUCACUUUGCCUCCACCAGAGAUCUGCCCAUGGCAGAGAAAUACUUCCUCAGGGCCAACAUGGCUCAGGAGGCUAUGGACAUGUAUGUGAGAGCUGAGGACUGGAGGGCGGCUCACCGAGUGGCUGUUGGCUGCAUGCCUCCAGAUGAUAUCAGGGAACUCUACGUGGCCCAGGCCGGCCAGAUGGAGAGAGAAGGGAGGCUGGGUGAAGCGGAGCAGCUGUUUCUGUUGGUGAACGAACCAGACCAAGCCAUCAGUAUGUACAAGAAGGCCCGGCAGUACGACCCAAUGGUUCAUCUGGUGGCUCAAUUCCACAGCGAUCUCCUCACAGAGACACACCUCCUCCUGGCCCAGGAGCUAGAGGCGGAGGGAGCAGUGAGACCAGCUGAGAAGCAUUUCCUGGAGGCAGGGGAUUGGAAAUCAGCAGUCAGCAUGUACAGAGAGAAGGGACAGUGGGAAGAUGCCCACAGGGUUGCAAAGAAUGGAGGUGGAGUGAGUGCAGCCAACCAAGUGGCGUACACCUGGGCUCAGAACCUUGGCGGAGACAGUGCAGUAAAACUGAUGUCAAAGUUUGGUCUACUGGAGACUGCCGUUGACUAUGCCACUGAUCACUUUGAGUUUGAUUUUGCGUUCAGCAUCGCUAAAGUAGCACUGAAAGAAAAGGUCACGGAUAUUCACCUGAAGAAAGCACUGCACCUUGAAGAUGAGGGUAAAUUCAGGGAGGCUGAAGAGUCAUUCGCGGCUGCAGGGAAACCAAAGGAGGCAGUUCUGAUGUAUGUUCAUCAGCAGGCGUGGGACGACGCCCAGCGAGUGGCUGAGCUGCACUGCCCUGAGAGUGUGUCUGACGUACUUAUUGGCCAGGCAAGGGUGGCAUUUGAACAGAAGAACUAUCAGAAGGCAGAGGGUCACCUCCUCAGAGCCGACAGACCAGAUCUGGUGGCCAAGUUCUACAAGGAGGCAGAUAUGUGGCAGGAUGCCCUGAGGAUUAUGAAGGAUUACCUCCCUCACCAGUUGGACGAGUUUCAGAAAGAAAUGGCUGCCAAAAGUGGAACGAGCUACAGGGACCUCCUCUCCCAGGCCAGGACCUGGGAACAAAGUGGCGAGCACUCCCGUGCCGUCGACGUCUAUCUUCAGGUCACGUCGUCCAACUGUCCUGAUCACGAUGUCCUACAGGACAGCUGGGAGAAGGCCGUGGAUCUAACCCUCAAGUUUGCCUCGACUCGCUCUGUGGACGUGGUCACCCUUGUCUCGGACAGACUGGCUCAUCUGGGCAGAUAUGUUCAGGCAGGGGAGAUGUUUCUGAGUGUGGAGAUGGUGAAGGAAGGACUGGACAUGUACAUGGCUGGAGAGGCUUGGGACAAAGCCAGGGAGAUUGCCAGGAACAUUGCCCCAAGGUAUGUGGAGUACGUGGAGCAAGCCUACGUGGACUACCUGAGGGAGCAAAAUAGACCUGAUGAGAUGCAGGGAGUGGACCCAGAGGGAGCUCUCCGGAUGUACUGUGAGAAGGGACAGUGGCAACACUGCCUACAACUGGCUGAGAAACAAAACUUCAACAUCUACAAGCACCUGUGUGUGGAGGUGUUCUCGGGAGACUGGGAGGGAGAGGGAGGCUGCAGAACUCUCUCCCUCCUCCGCAACGUCCUCCUGGGUCUUGUGGAGACUCUGUCCCACUCCAGGGAGGAUCGGGUCCCAGGCUCACAAAGAGUUCCAGCACUGUCUCUCUGCAUCACACUAUCUCACCACGCGAACUGCGUGUCUGGGUGUGCCCCAGCUGGCUGGGCUGGCAGCCAAGAUCUCUGUGAGUCUCCUGAGGUACACCGACAUUCUGCCCCCCGACAGAGCCUUCUACCAGGCCGGCCUCCUCUGCAAGAGGAUGGGUUGGGAUAACAUGGCGUUUGUCUUCUUCAACCGUUUCCUGGAUCUGAGUGAGGCAAUUGAAGAAGGCUCGCUAGACAUGCUCGACAACUCUGAUUUCACAAAUACCGACAUCCCUUUCGAAGUCCCGCUGCCUGAAAAACCAUUUAUGACGGAGGACGAGAGAGAGGAGGUGAAGGAGUGGGUACUGGCAGUCUCACUGGACCAGAGAGUGGAGCAAUCUCUUCCGACUGACGAACGAGGGGCUUACGUCGCCUCCCUCUCCUGCCAUCACACCGGAGUCACCUCUCUUCCCUGUGUCCUCACCGGCUAUCCUGUACUUAGGCAGAAGGUAGAGUUCAGGGUCGGAGGUCGAUGUGCCAAUAAAGAAGACUGGAACAAGUUUAUAAUGGCUCUCAAGGUUAGUUUAUAAUGGCUCUCAAGGUUAGUUUAUAAUGGCUCUCAAGGUUAGUUUAUAAUGGCUCUCAAGGUUAGUUUAUAAUGGCUCUCAAGGUUAGUUUAUAAUGGCUCUCAAGGUUAGUUUAUAAUGGCUCUCAAGGUUAGUUUAUAAUGGCUCUCAAGGUUAGUUUAUAAUGGCUCUCAAGGUUAGUUUAUAAUGGCUCUCAAGGUUAGUUUUUGGUUCCUACUACAUAUCUGCUAGUUUCAUCUCCUCUUUUUCAGAGUUCUCCUAGUGAAGAGUGCUCUGGCGUGUGGAGGUUCCUGAGCCAGUGGUGCGGGAUCCCUCAGAACCCCACCUACAACUUCAAAUAGAGUUCUCCUAGUGAAGAGUGCUCUGGCGUGUGGAGGUUCCUGAGCCAGUGGUGCGGGAUCCCUCAGAACCCCACCUACAACUUCAAAUAGAACACUACUGUUUUCUUCAACAUCACUUUUUGAGUG